GAUCGACAAGGUUUAAUAUUUUUUUAAGCUCGGCCGAAUGCCACCUACGCCAAAAGGAGUUCUACGCAAAUGAACUGAAUAUACUCCGGUGUUGGACCGACCAGGGUUAUUUUUUUGAAGAGCGACUGAAGAGCACCAAUACAGAUAGGAAUUCUUCGCGAAAAACUAAUAAUUUGUUAGUUAUAUCCUGUCAUUGUGGUAUUAUUUGUUUUCUUUAUUCCUUGAGUUCCUUUGUAAAAUAUGAAGAUAAGGUGACAGUGAUUAUUUGUUAGAAGUAACCCUUUUCUUACUGUGUGAAUGUUGCUAAUGGGGGUUACGACCUCAGACCGUUUAAAACCGUAAUCUAUCUCCCGAGGAUACGAGCAAAUUCCGGCUGCUUGUCGCGUUCUACACCGACCAUUGCAGGCUCAAUAAGCAUCUAUUCUACAUGGGCUUUGUCUCUUCUGCAAACUGUCGGUUCUGUGACAUGGAGCCGGAAACCCCAGAACACCUGCUAGUGGGCUGCACAGCGGUCUGCAGACGGAGGAAUAAGGCCCUGGGAUCCAUUUUUCUAAACAGGGAUCGCAUCGCUUCACUAGCACCUAGCAGUAUAUUAGAGUCCAUCAAUAGGCUAGGGCUAGAUGAGACGUUGGGACCAUAGACCAUAGGUCGCGGUGCAUACCUCUACUCAAUCUAUCUACAUAACUACAGUGUGAAUAAAAAAAAUUGAACAAAAGUUUCUUUGCAUUAUUUAUUAAUGGUUAUAUAAAGUUGAAAAUAUAUUUUUAAAAUUCAAUAUAAAUCGAAGAAAUCGCACUUUGAAUAGUUAACUUUUUGUAAACAUUAAAUGCAAACAUCUAAAACCAUAAGUCAGCGGCAACUAAAUGUAUAUAAUCUGGAGAACCUCCUCUAACCACACAUACCCAUUUUAACCCGAAUCCGGAGGAUGCUAUCCUAAAAUUUGUCCCUCCUUCUUUCGGUAAAGUUUAACAGAACUUAGUUAUCAGAUGGUUGCUUACCAGAUAGUGAGAAAACCAUUUUGAACCUGUUACCGAAAAAGUUCUUGUUAAGCGCUUGGCCAUAUUGUGACGAACAUAGAUAAUAGAACAAAAUCGAAUGAACGAUAAACUGCCAGAAGCAACUAGUUAGCGAAUUCGUAGUUGCCAGAAUGUUCUAGAAGCAAUGUUUUGUUACAGAUUUACUAUAUAAGGGCUGCCGGAUCGUGGAGCAGGCACAGUUCUAGUUAGAGUGUUAUCGUGAUAAGAGCAAUUAAGCUAUAAGCAAGAAGUUGUAAGCUCGAAUAACGAGCAGUAAGUGUUAAGUUGUUGGAAUUAGAAAUAAAGAUAAGUGUGUAGCCAUUAAAUUGGGACUUUUAUUUAACAAUCCAGUGAUCGAACUCAAGAGUGAGUUACAGGUAGACGAUUUAUCGAGAAAUCCGUUACAAUAUAUUGAGAAAUCGGCCCUUAAUGGCAUAUUGAAAUCGUGAAAAGUCGAUAGUAUUGUACUAUAUUACAAUCGAUACAAGUUUUAAGUUAUCAUUAAACACAUGUGGUUAACAUAUUCUUACUGAAUUCUGGUGUUUUGUUUAUUUCAUAUAUAACUCUAAUUUCAAUUCUUUGGUCAAACAAAAUGAAAGUCAAAGUUAAAAAGCAUGAUGGUGCUACCAGCAUGGCUCGCACUGAGAGAGAAAUACAAGAACUGAAACAAAAGUAUGAGUCGAUGCCUCUUGAAAAUGAAAUAAAACAAUUUGUGGAUAUGCCUCUAUCUCAAAAAACAUUAAAAGGUUUAUUGGACUCCAAAUAUUUUGUUCCGACAGAGAUUCAAAGAAAAAGUAUAUUGACGGCAUUAGAUGGAAAAGAUGUAAUGGGAACUGCGAUUACGGGAAGUGGGAAGACUCUUGCCUUCUUGAUACCAGUUAUCGAACACUUGUACCUGAACAAAUGGUCACGUACUGAUGGAGUAUGCGCGAUUGUUAUUUCUCCCACGCGUGAACUAGCUUAUCAAAUAUUUGAGACUUUGAAACGAAUAGGAAGAUACCACGAUUUCUCAGCUGGAUUGAUAAUUGGUGGAAAGAACUUGAAGUUUGAGCGAAGUAGGAUGGAUCAAUGCAAUAUAUUGAUAUGUACACCUGGUAGACUGCUGCAGCAUAUGGAUGAAAAUCCCUUAUUUAAUGCAAGUACCAUUGAAAUGUUAGUAUUAGACGAAGCUGAUAGGUGCCUGGAUAUGGGAUUUGAAGAAACUAUAAAUGCUAUUGUCGAACAUUUUCCGACCGAUCGUCAAACAUUAUUAUUUUCUGCCACACAAACAAAUUCCUUAAAAGACAUUGCAAGACUCAAUUUGGUGGAACCAAUUUUUAUUGGAGAAAAGUCAAAAUCAGAUGACAUUAUACCAGAAUUGCUACAACAAAACUACGUUUUAAUGGAAUUGCAGGAUAAAAUUACAAUGUUAUGGUCAUUUAUAAAAAAUCAUCUUAAACAAAAAAUUAUCGUAUUUUUUACCAGUUGUAAACAGGUGAAAUAUGUUUUCGAAAUUUUUUGUAAACUUCGACCAGGUACAAGCUUACUCGCACUUUACGGAACACUACAUCAGGACCGAAGGAUUGCAAUAUAUAACGAUUUUACACGAAAAAGCAAUGUUGUGCUAUUUGCGACUGAUAUCGCGUCGCGAGGACUAGAUUUUCCUACAGUAAAUUGGGUUGUUCAAAUGGAUUGUCCAGAGGACGCAGUUCAAUAUAUUCAUAGAGCGGGAAGAACUGCUAGAAAUAAGGCACGUGGAGAAAGUCUCCUGGUCCUAACACCGUCUGAAGAACAAGGUAUGAUAAAAGAAUUGGAGGACAAGAAUAUACAUAUUAAAAAAAUACAUAUUGAUCCGAAAAAGCUGUUUUCGCCCAGAUUGAAGAUAGAAGCGGCACUAGCUCAAAAUACGGAAUUAAAGGCGUCAGCACAGCGUGCUUUUGUGUCUUAUAUUAAAUCCAUAUUCCUAAUGAAAAACAAACACAUUUUUAAUGUAUUCAAGUUAAAUCUUGAAAACUAUUCCAAAUCCCUUGGACUAAUUGUUACACCGCGUGUUCGGUUUUUGGAACGUUUGCUACAGAAAAAAGGAUCGGAUACGGAAAUAGUAACUGAAUCAAAUGACUUUGUUCACGAAGAUUCGGACAACGAUGAGGACUUCCUCAAAGUCAAACGAGUCGACCAUGAUUUGGGUAUUAACAUGAACGUAGUAACUUUGGAAGUGACAAAUAAAAACAAAGUCUUAACAAAAGCUGCGGCUGCAAAAAAAACCAUAAGAAAAAAAAUAACACCAAAUGCAAAAAUUAAUUUCGAUGACGACGGAAACGUCAUAAUUGAUAAGGUAAAACAAUUGCGGUCUGAGCUUCCCGAAGAAUAUGAAAACAAAGAUAGUGGCAUAAACAUUGAGGUAGCGAAAAAAGUUAUAUUACAAGAAGAUAAAUAUGACAAAGAACGAUUUAGGCAACUUGUUAAGCAACGCCACAAAUUGCAAAAAGAUAAGUUGAAAAAACUUACAGAUGAGAAUUCACAAAGCCAUACCGCUGACAGUGAAAGCGAUGACGACGUCGAUAUAUCCUGGUUGCCGGAUCCUGAUAAAAUAUAUGAUUCGAAUCGUAAGGCAAAAGAAACUGAACCAUCUGAAAGGAGUUUAAAUGAUGACUUGGACGAGCCAUCUAUUAAAAAAGCAAAAUUGACCUCCAAACUCACUUUGAAUGACGCCGAAUCAAUCGCUGCACAACUUUUAGCAAAUAAAGUAUAAUUUGCAUAAAUAUUUUUAUAAUACACUAAUUAUGUGAAUGCCAAUAUUGACGUAAUUUUUAAGCAAAUAAUUAAUUUCAACCUAAACAUGCGUUUUGUUCUUUACUUCGGGAAAAGUGAAACGCAAAGUGAAUAAACAUAUGAUUUUUGUUAACAAUUGCAUUAAAAACACCAUUCAAAUGUUUUGCUUCGAAGGAACGUUUUUUCAUAUUAAAUUUUAUAUUUAUAUUAA